UUUCCUCAUACGCGUUAAACACAGGCUACACGAAAAAUUCAAAAUAAACAGUGCACUGCUAACAAAAAAAAAUUAAAGUAUGGGGAACUCCAGAAAAGACUCCUUCCAAAUAAAAUCGUGAUUGUGUAAAAUAAGAAAAUUUUGAUAUAUCGUUUGUAUAUAGUUUAUAUAUCACUGUAUUUCUAUAGAUUUGAAGGUUUCAAUUGAUAGUUGAGUUCAUCCACAUUCAUAUAAGAACACUCGUUAUAGAUACUAUGUCAUCAUCUUCAAAUACUUCAUCACCUACUAAGAGAUUCGCGUUAUCUCCAAGACCAUCAAAUGUAUUGUUAUUAUCACCAACUAGAAAAUCUCCUUUAAAACAAAGUAACAACAAUGUUAAUAGAUUAUCUCCUUUGAAGAAGUUUGUAUCGACUACAUCAUCAUCUAGUUCUCCCGUACCAUCUAAAAAGCCUAAAUUAAACUUCACAAUCUUUGAAGAUAAUCCAGUAUCAACAGAGGAUUCAACAGUAGACCAACAACUACAAGAAGAAGAAAUCACCAAUAAAUUAAAUCAUAACGAUCAAGAGAACAUCUUACAACCAAGCAAACAAAUCAAAUCAAGAUUGACUCCUAAGAAUGUGUCUUCAAGUUAUAGAAAACCAUUAUCUAACUUGAGUAUUAAUGAAUUCCCAGGUUAUAUAACCACUAUGAAUGGCUCAGCAUCCAUCACAAAUGCAUCAUCAUCAUCAUCAUCACAAUUAACUGAAUUAUACCAACCCAUAAGCUUCAACAAUGAGUUCAAGUCAUUACAUAAAUUCCAAAAUAUACCAAGUUAUUUAACUCCAUCCAGAAGAAAUAAAUUUUCAGCAGCUGCUAAUAAGUUCUUAUACUAUACCAACAAUAAAGUAUUUGAAGAUGAUAAUGAUGCUGAAGCCGAAGUUGAUGAUGACGUUGAAGUUGAUGAAGUGGAACUCCACUUACGUAAUAAGUAUAAUCAUAAUCAUAUGAGAAAACAUAAACGUUCAUUCUCUGUAGGUACUAAUGAUUCAAAAUUGAAUUUAAUCAAAAAGAAUAACUUCACCAUCUUAUCUAAUUGAUCUUUAGUAUCCUCUUUUAUAUAAUUUUUGCAUUCAUCUCUUUCUAAUUUAGUUAUACUCUUUAGAGUAUUGAUACCCUUCUUUUAUUUCACUAAUAUAUAUCAUGAAUUUAAGCCAUUUGAAUUGUAUAGAAAUAUGAUAGUUUGUCAUUGCUUACUUAUUUUUUUGCAACAGAGCCGCACAU